AGACACCUUUCACCAUUGAAAGUAUAUCUGGAAAACCACGACUAUAGAAAAUGGCUGCGCCCAUGAGAAUAACAGUUUUAAGCAGAAACAGAUCAGAUGUUUAUUGCACUGCAUUGAAACAGGCUAUCGUGUGUCGUCUGAUAUCAAAUCAAAAUACUAUACCAAAGAAAAAGAAAAGUUUUAUUGACUCUUUGAGGAUUUAUGUUCGGGGAGGUGGUGGAGGACAGGGGUUCCCCCGAUAUGGUGGGAUAGGUGGUAAAGGAGGCGAUGUGAUUGUGACUGCUACUAAGAAAUUAACAUUGUCAGAUGUGCGUAAUAAUAACAUUAAGAAAAGAUUUUUAGCACAAAAUGGAUUUAAUAGCAGAAAGUUUCGUCUACUUGGAGAACUAGGAGAAGAUUUAAACAUACCUGUUCCUGUGGGUGUUGUUCUUCGAACAGAUGAAGGGAGACAAUUAGGUAAUUUAAACACAGACGGUCAACAAAUUAUUGUAGCACGAGGAGGCAAGGGAGGUAACCCUGAAAAUGGUUUCCUAGGUCAAAGGGGAGACUCAAAAGAAAUAACCUUGGACCUGAAGUUAAUUGCUGAUAUUGGUCUAGUUGGAUUUCCAAAUGCAGGAAAAUCAACCUUUCUAAGUGCAAUUUCUCGAGCCAUGCCAAAGAUAGCAGAAUAUCCAUUUACAACAAUUCGACCACAAAUUGGAAUAAUACAGUAUCCAGAUUUUAGGAAGAUCUCUGUGGCUGAUUUACCUGGGUUAAUAGAAGGAGCUCAUAAGAAUUAUGGAAUGGGACAUAAAUUUUUAAAACAUGUAGAAAGAACGAAGAUGUUGAUUAUAAUUGUGGAUAUAAAUGGUUUUAGUCUAGGUGUUAAUCAUGUUCAUAGAUCUGCAUUUGAAAACAUACUUUUACUCAAUAAGGAACUAGAGUUAUAUCUACCAGAGUUAGUUAAUCGACCAUCUAUACUUGUUUUAAAUAAAAUAGAUACAGAUAACCAAUCAGGUGAUACCGUCAAACAGAUAUUAGAACAAGUUCAAAAUUCUCCAGAUUCACUUAAUAUGGUAGAUGAGUACAUGCAUCCAACAACUUUAAUGAAGUUUGAUGGAAUCUUUACAAUAUCAGCCAAAGAGAAGCAGGGAUUGGACAAAGUUUUACACACUGUGCGACAAAAGUUAGAUCAUUACGCAGAACUCAAACGUCCAGAAAUAGAAACAGAAGUAGAACAUGUUCACCAAGAAACUCUGACAAAGAAAUUAAUUUAAAUUUUUGUUAUAUAAAAUAUAUGUGCUAUAAUAUAGCACACAUGUUUGCUGGGAAACGACAUUAAAAUGGAUUAUGAACAGGUGUAUUGCAUAAGACUGGGAAUAGCUGUGGAAAAAUUGUUUAACAUGAUUUUCUUCAAAUAUACACAUUUGUAUAAGGUUGUGUAUCAUUGGAGCGAAUCAUGUUGUGAUUCGUUUCAAAAUUAGCCAUCGUUAAUCUUAUUUCUGGUCAAACCUGAAGUUUUAAUUCCUAAUUAUUCAGGGUGGAUGAGUCGUCUAACAUGUGUAUGUUAGAUCAUAAGGUAUGUCAUUGCAUCAAGUGCUGUGGUUUUGAAUCCAAGCUUGCAUGUGACAGGGAGUAGUCGCCUGUCCAACCUUGUUGGUUUUCUACAGGUCCUCUUGUUUCCUCCCAAUGCUAAAGACGCCUACGGGCAAGUGAAUUAAAGGAGCUAAAUCGCUAAUAUUUGGGCCUAGAAAUUGUCUUAAAUAUUAGAUAUCAGAAGCCUACCUUUUCACGGUAAGAUCACAACAUCAAUGUUGAUUUGUAUUGACAAAUAAUUUGUGUUUUCAACGUGUAAGACUUUGCAUGAUAUUGAGUUAGAGACUUAGCUACUUUAAUCAAAUAAAAUAAAACCAUACAUGUAUGUAAGUCUCGAAAUGACCUAGUUUGUAUUGAGUAGACAUUAAUUUCCAUUUUUAUUUAUUUUCUUUAUGAAUAUGUUGUAUGUGGUUGAAUUCGAACACGAAUAGAACCAAGACUCUAAAUCACCAUUUUUUAAUGUAAAUAAAGGAAUCCAAAUCAGAGACUACAUCAAUCAAACAUACUUAAACUAUAACACAUAUUUAUGUCGACAUUUCAUACACAAAAUCAACAUUUUAAACAAAUUAUUAACUUUAUGUUUCAAUUUCAGCAUUUUAUCGGUAACAUUUAUAUUAUUAAAUAUAAAAAUUAAAAAAUAAUUUAAUAAUUUUACUCAACCAUAUUCCACAUUUUAGUCUGGAUGACUUUAGUCAGGGACUUUUUUUUCGUCUGUAUAUACCGGACAUUGAUUGGCAAAGGUCUGACCGUGUAUGUGACCAAUCGGACAUUAAGGUAUGGUGAAUCCAACUCAAAAUUCCACAAAAUAAUUCCAAAAAUAUUGACUCUACUGAGGAUAUAAAAUGGAAUGAAAUGGGGCUUAAGUCAUACUUCUCUACUCCGACUGGGCUAAUGAAGACGGACAUAUGCCAUACAGUGUGCUAGGAGGGUAAUUUUGCCCGGACAGCGGCUCUGUAACCUACUCUUAUAUCGAAUUCCAUCUGCCAAGAGGGGGGUUGGAUGGCGGAAUGGUUAGCACGCACGCGCUUUAUCAUACGGUCUGUCAUUGAGUCAACUGACGGGGUUUCGAUUUCCCGGUUGUACGCGACAAGGAAAGGAGUAGGGCCGCCUGUCCAACCUCAUGGGUUUUCUCCGAGUCCUCCGGUUUCCUCCCACUGCUAAAGACCCCUACGCGCAAGCGAAU